UUCAGAAAAAACAGAGGCAGCAUUAGACUUGUAUUAAAAUGAAGAAAAUGGUAACUUUUCUUUUAAUAAUUUAUCAUGUCUCAUCAGUUUGCUGCUUCCUUGACGACAUACUACAGCCUCUUGCACAUGUUUUUGAAUAUGGUGAUAACUACGGUGAUCAGACAUUCGUACAGUCUGGGAAGAUAAGCCUCUUUGAGAAAAAAUUUAAAAUUCCAAUUUCCGUGCCAACAUGCUCAGAAAUCACAUAUGUGCGCGUGGAAGUAAACAACGUGGCGAACUCUCCCAACAUCCAGUACCUAGAGCCAACGCAAACUGUGGAGAUCACCUACGGUCCGCUACAAUACAGCAGGUCCUCCUACAACGUGAUUGCAAAGACAGCCCCUAAAAAGUACUGCAAGGAAACUCAGUCCAGAGUUCAUCAGAAGAGGUGUCUGUCUUCAAACAAUAUAUAGACCUCCUAGACUUGCCGUGUAAUAAAACUAUUUUCAUUACG